AUGGCUCAAAAAUCAGUCAGAGUUACUAAGAAUUUUAGCACAUCUUCAGCUGUUAUUCCAGGCAGCCGAACUAGUUAUAGCACCGUUUCAGUAUCCCGGGGAGGCAGAGCAGGCUUUGGACACGCUGCCGGUGGCUUUGGGAGCAGGAGCCUCCAUGGUUUUGGAGGAAGUAAAAGAAUCUCCAUGGGUGGCUAUCGCACAGCCCGAUCUGGAUAUAGUUAUGGGUUAGGUCAUGGUGGAGUUGGGUACAGGGUCGUUGGUGGUGCUGGGUACAGUGCUGGAGCUGGUGGCAUCCAUGAGGUGACUGUCAACCCCAACCUCCUGGCUCCUCUCAACCUGGAGAUUGACCCCACCAUCCAAAAAGUGAGGAAGGAAGAGAAGGAGCAGAUCAAGACACUCAACAACAAAUUUGCCUCCUUCAUUGACAAGGUCCGCUUCCUAGAGCAACAGAACAAAGUGCUGGAGACUAAAUGGAGCCUCUUGCAGGACCAAAAGGUCACCCGCGCUAACUUGGAUGGACUCUUUGAGACAUACAUUGCUAAUCUAAAGAGGCAGCUGGAGGGUAUUUGUGGAGAGAAGCCACGCCUAGAAUCAGAACUGAAGAAUAUGCAGGGUGCUGUGGAGGACUACAGGAUCAGGUAUGAAGAAGAAAUCAACAAGCGUACAUGUGCAGAAAAUGAAUUUGUGGUGCUCAAGAAGGAUGUGGAUGCUGCCUUUAUGAACAAGGUUGAGCUGGAAGCCGGAGUGGAUUCCAUGAACGAUGAGCUCCUUUUCCUGAAAAGUUUCUAUGAUGCGGAAUUAGCCCAGAUGCAAGCCCAAGUUUCAGACACCUCUGUCAUUCUCCAAAUGGACAACAGUCGAAACCUGGAUCUGAAUUCCAUCAUUGCAGAGGUCAAGGCCCAGUAUGAGGACAUUGCCAACAGGAGUCGAGCUGAGGCCGAAUCAUGGUAUCAAACCAAGUAUGAAGAGUUGCAGCUGUCAGCUGGAAGACAUGGAGAUGACCUGCGCAACACAAGGAUUGAGAUUUCAGAGCUGAACCGCAUGAUCCAAAGACUCCACUCUGAGAUUGACAAUGUGAAAAAGCAGUGUGCCAGCCUGCAGGCAGCCAUUGCCGAUGCAGAGCAGCGUGGAGAACUUGCCCUAAAAGAUGCCAGGAUCAAGCUAGCUGAACUGGAGGAGGCUCUAACAAAGGCCAAGGCAGACAUGGCCCGCCAGCUACGAGAGUACCAGGAGCUAAUGAACGUCAAGCUGGCCCUGGAUAUUGAGAUCGCCACCUACAGGAAGCUGCUGGAAGGAGAGGAGAGCAGGCUUGCUGGAGAGGGAGUUGGUGCAGUAAACAUCUCUGUUGUCCAUUCAUCUGGAGGCAUGAGCUACGGCGGUGGCGGGAGUGCCAUGGGCCUUGCAGGAGGGGCUGGCCUUGGCUACGGAGGGGGGCUGAGCAUGGGAGGAACCAGCAUCAGCUCCUCUAGUGGGAAGGGUCUUGUGGGGAGCAUGGGUUCAGCCAGGGGCAGCAGUUCCAGUAUGAAAAUUGUGUCUAAAACAUCCACAACCAGAAAGAGCUACCAGAGUUAA